AGUUAGUUUGUGCUGAUUUUAAGACCAACAGAGUCAGAAUUUUUUUUAAAAAAUGUUGGGCUUGUUCAAAGUCGUCACUGGUAGACUUAAACCAAAAUUGGGUUCUCCUUGUAUUGAUAAUUGGAUUUUCAAACUCCAUUAUCGAGCAACAACAAUUAUUUUCUUUGUUGCAACGAUUCUAGUGACUUCUAGGGAAUAUAUCGGAGAACACAUAAAGUGUGUCAGUGAUUCAGUUAAUAACAAGGAGUUUCACAAAGUGAUUGAAUCUUUCUGUUUCUUCAGCACAACAUUCACAGUUAUAAGUGAUGAGUUCAGUUUUGGGUUCGGAGCCCCACCACAUCCUGGUGUUUUCCCAUAUGGGCUUUUUUCCAAACGACCAAUACGAAAACACCUGUACUACCAAUGGGUCCCUUUUGUCUUAUUUGGACAAGGAGUGAUGUUUACUUUGACUCACCUCCUAUGGAAAAGUUGGGAAAUGGGCCGAAUUGGAAAAUUUGUCUCCGGUUUGACUUACUCCAGUCUAGCCUUUCUAGAAAAUCCGGUCACAGUUGAUGGAAAAUCCAUCCCUUCAAAAAAAGAAAAGGAAAUUACAAUUCGGAAAAUAAAGGAUUCGUUUUAUGAAAGGGUGUUAAUAAACCGGGCUUGGGCCCCUCAAUUAGUACUGUGUGAAAUUUUGAACUUUGCAAAUCUUUGCCUACAAGCUUAUUUCACCAACAAGUUCCUUGGGGGUCAGUUUUACACAUUUGGGCUCAAAAUUUUUACCCAAGGCCACUCAAUACUGGACGAGAUUUUCCCAAAAGUAACAAAGUGUACGUUUCACAAAUACGGCCCUUCUGGGACCGUUGAACUCCACGACGCCCUUUGUGUCAUGGCUCUCAACGUAAUCAACGAAAAAAUUUAUGUUUUUUUGUGGUUUUGGUUCAUUUUCCUCUUUGUCGUUUCAGGCCUCGUGCUAGUUUGGCGGUUUGUUUCGAUUUCUCUCUAUUCCAAAAGUCCGAUUUUCAGUCGAAUUAUUUUUGGUUUUUGGAAACCACGAACAGUGAAUCGGAAAUUUACGUAUUCGGAUUGUUUGUUUCUCAAAUAUUUGUCCAAGAAUUUGGACGGGUUGGUGUUCAAGGAGUUGCUUGACCAAAUUCACGAGGAACUAGACGAUGAGGCCAUUUUCAUCGGGAAGGAGGAAAGUGGUAACAAAAAUGAUUGAAUCGGGUGUAAUUAUAGGAAUUAGUUUUAAUCGCUGUAUAAACAAGUAACGGUACUUUGAAACGGUCGAUGACGGCUGUGUAAUUACUUCAAUACAGGACUUUGUUUUUUCAAAAAAUUGUAAUAAUAAAUUAUCUUUUUUAUUUACACGAUUCAAACCUGCUUGAAUUGAGUCAAAAAUUAAUAAACAGUAGUUCGAUAAAUCUUAAUCAAUUAUUCAGCGCUGGUUUAUAGUCAAUAAAAACAGAAUCUGUCGUUGACAGGUUUCUCUUUUCCACUCAAUUACCCACGAGAAUACGUUCCUUGUCACAUUCUAAUUAACAUUAAUGGGGAAACUGGAAAGUGACCGAUUUUGGUACAAGUGCACCAAUCGCUGGAAUAAUUAAUUAGGAGUUAAUUCAAUAUUUGAUUAGCAAAUAAAAUUAAAAUGGAAAAUAAAUAUUGAUUUUUAAACUAAUUUUAUUUUAAUAAUAAUAAUGCUUCAGUUUUAUGAAAUAUAAAAAAAUAUAAAUAAGAUUUGUAAGCUGAAAUUGUUUUUUUUUCUUGACCAAAAUUCGUAAACCUGACGGUGCAAAGCUAUAAAAAUUACAAAUGACAGAUUUUUGUGUCUACUAUAUAAAUAUACAGGCUGUCUCAAAAUCCGUGCCUUUAGAGAAAAAUGCUAUGUAAAGUCAGAUACCAGGAGAAUUUCAAAAAAAAUGUUAAAAAAAAUCA